AUGCCGGUCUCAUAUUUGAAGUGUUCUAUUGUUGGUGAUGCUAAGGUUGGCAAAACUUAUUUGUCUAAAGUGUUUGUUGGAGAGAAGGGCGAUUCGAAGUAUACUCCCACCAUCUUUGACAAUUACUAUGGUCAAACAUUCUGUAGAGGAAAGAAAACCAAUAUUGCCAUUUAUGAUUUGCCAGGACAGCAUGACUUCGACCGGAUGCGGAGAUUUGCUCUCAAGGACAGUAAUGUCAUCAUCAUUUGCUAUGAUGUCCAGAAAAGAAUUUCUUUUGAAAAUGUUCAAACCGUGUGGAUUCCUGAAAUUCGUCAAUUUUUUGGACACUCCAUCCCUAUUGUUCUCGUAGGGAUCAUGUCAAACAAAAAACAAGCUAGAGGUGUUUCCAGAACAGAAGCUAUUAAAGUUACGUCCGAAAUGCAACUUCAUGACUAUUUUGAGAGUCAUUAUGACGAUAACGCUGGGGUAUUAUGUCUGUUUUCUUGUGUUGCAACUAUUGCACAGAAAAUCAAGAAAAGAAAUUCCUCAUUCUUCCGCCGUAUCUUCAUGAAUUGUCAUUUGAAGAGAAAACUGAGUAAGUUUGCAUGA